CUCGAAACCAAGAGCUUUUCAAAGCUCAUACCUAGAGUAAGGUUUGGGUGCCAUCAGGUGGAGCAACUUCUGAUCAGCUAUGCUAUACAUCAUCGGGCUCGGCUUGGCGGACGAGCGCGAUGUUUCCGUGAAAGGACUUGAAAUUAUCCGCCGCGCUGAACGUGUGUAUUUAGAGGCAUACACUGCGAUUCUGCUUGUCGAUCAAAGCCAGCUGGAGAGUUACUAUGGCCGGCCCAUCAUCCUUGCUGACCGGGAAAUGGUCGAGUCAAAGUCUGAUGAGAUACUGUCAGGCGCCCUCGAGAAGGAUGUAGCCUUCCUCGUUGUUGGCGACCCUUUCAGUGCAACAACUCACACAGACCUUGCUCUACGCUGUCGGCAACAUGAGCCAUCGAUACCGACCCGGACUCUACCCAAUGCCAGCAUUCUGACCGCAGUUGGUGCUACUGGACUCAGCUUGUACAGCUUUGGCCAGACUGUGAGCAUGGUCUUCUUCACAGACACAUGGAAGCCUAGCAGCUUCUAUGAUCGGAUAGCGGAGAAUGCCAGUCUAGGCUUUCAUACACUCGUGCUCCUAGAUAUAAAGGUCAAAGAGCCUGAUUUAAAGGCUCUGGCAAGAGGCAAGAUCGUGUACGAGCCGCCUCGCUUCAUGACCGUGGACCAAUGCGCUAGUCAGAUGAUCGAAAUCGAGGGCGAGAGGAAGCAAGGCGUCUGUGCAAAUGGCAAGCUGGCUGUAGGAGUGGCGAGGCUGGGGAAUGCGGAUCAGCAGAUUAUUGCGGGUACGCUUGAGGAGCUUGCUUCUGCUGACCUUGGCCGGCCACUGCAUAGUUUAGUAUUAUGCGGCACAAAGAUGCAUGACAUGGAGUGGGAGUACGUUCGGGAGUUUGCGAUUGACCAAGCAAAGUUUGAUUCGAUAUGGAAGGCAGAGUAUGCUGGAAAGGGUUAA